AUGAGAAGGACAACUACUGUAACAAGUGACGAGUUGAGCGAAUCCACCUUCGGCAAAAUUGGGGGCUUCCAAAGAAAUAUUUCCUCUCACACCUCCCCUGACUAAAACCUUUCCUCCAAUGAAUAUACAGACUCAGAAAUUUUCAUUCUUCAGACUAAAGUGCAUCACAGGACUGGCAAACCGAUAUUUAUCAAGCACUUAGUCCUUAAGGACUUCAAAAGAAUUGAGUGUCCCAAGAAAAAUGCACCACACAAUCAUAAAAGCUGCUACUAUUUCCACUCAAUCAAAGAUAAACGACGCGACGACGACCUUUAUACUCCCGAGUUGUGCAAGUUCGCUGAUACUGAAAAAUGCCCGAAAAAAGAUAAGUGUCGUAGAGCUCACAACAGAGUAGAAAGGCUCUAUCACAAAGAUAAGUAUAAGACUAAAUUCUGUCACUGCUAUCCUAACAAAAUUUAACAAUGUGAGUACGGGGACUACUGCUCCUUCGCUCACUCAGUGGAAGACAUCAAAGUUAGACUAAUCCACCACUUGCUCCCAAGCAACCAGGACUACGACUUCUAUAUCUUCUACUUUAAAACCGAAUGGUGUCCUUACAACCAUGAGCAUAACAAAGCAUAAUGUGUUUAUGCGCAUAACUUCUAGGACUUCAGGCGUAAACCCAACCUCUUCAGAUAUGAUACCGAGCUCUGCGAAGACUGGCAAUCCGGAACCUUCAUCACUUGCUAUGAAGAGGGAUGCAAACGAUUGGAAAAAUGUUCUUUUAGUCACGGUUGGAAAGAGUAAUAAUUUCAUCCCCUAGUCUAUAAGACCUAGCCUUGUGAAGAGCAGAAGUGUUUCAAAGGAUUUGAGUGUCCUUUCUACCAUAGUAACAAAGAUAAGCGAGCAUCGGGAAAUCUAAACUCCUCCAUUACUGGAGGAACUAGAUCAUCUAGCGACUCAUUAAACUAAUAAUCGUCAAAUUCUUCACAAAAAGAUACUGCCAAGGCUGGCUUGACAUCAAAUUAGUUCGAAAAACUGUUUAUUCCCAAAGAGAGAAAUUUCAAGUGCCCCCAGCAACCCAAUCUGAUGGAGCUUUACUUUGACAAUAAUCUUAAUCACGUUAGAGAAUAAUAAAUAAGCAGGGAAAAUGCCUAAACGGAUCAGGAAUGCGUGAGAAAGACUUAUCAAAAAGUGUCGAAAGAUAUAGACUAGGAAAAGUAAGAAUCCUUAGAUUCAUCAUUCGAAGUCAAGCACAUUUCAUGCACAUGUCCUAAAUAAGAAAAAUAGACAUCCUAGAAAGAAGCUUAAUAGCAAGAUAUAAUCAAACUCACGAACUAAAGGAAUCAGGAAUCCUACUAAUAGACCCCUUCCAGUUCUACUGUAAAGCACAAGCACUCCUCUGAUAAGCACUAAAGCGAUCCCAACUAUCAAAAGCAGGAAAGAUUUGUAUUCAAAGUUCAAGACGAAAAUCCAAGUGAAUUCGAAAUUUCCAAAAUCAACUUCAGAAAAGUAGUUGAAGACGAAGAUGAUAUUCAAAAUCAAUCUCUGGAACAACCUAUAUAGGUGUAAGGUUAACAAUCUCAGCAGGCUCAGAUAAGUAGCGGUAGAUAAAUCUAGCACAUCAGAGAAAAACCAAUGACAGGAGUUCUCAACUCAGAUUCUCCCAUAAACUAUGUUCCCAUGAGUCCACAAUAGCACCUAAAUAAUGCCCCUUACUUCAAGCCGAAUUCCUAUAUACAACAACAACCAUUAUAAAUGAGCAACUAGAGAUUUCAAACACCGAUGAGUUUGAAUCAGUAAUCAUUAUAAAAUUAGUUCUAAUAGUAUCAGUCAUAAAGAAAUCAACCUUUAUAAAACAUUCUAACUCCCUAGUAAGAGAACCAAAAUUCAAGCAGAGGACUUAAUAAACAGGCAUAAUGUUUUUAUCCCUCUUAGCAACAACAUCACACUAAGCAUGCAACUCAUAAUCAAAUAAGCAUGGACGAAUUCACUGCUAUGUCUCAGCAGCAGCAUCACUAUAAUAACUCAUAGCAACCCAGCAACCUCAGUAGUGCCUAAUAUGCCCAGUAUCAUCCUCCUCAAAUGCAAAGUCCUCCUCCUGGACUAAUCCACCCGUCACUUUAAUAAACAUUAAACUAAGAGCAUAACUAAUUGUUUUCAACUCCACAGCAAUAAGCUCAUCAGAGAUAACUGCAAUCUCUUAACUUCCUGCCUUUGGGGAGUGGAGGCCAAUAAUACAGGCAGCCUUAGAAUCACUAGUACUUAUAUGAAUCUCCUUCUCCAAAUAUGAAUGCUCAUAAUUAGUAAUACAAAAAUAUGAUGAACAUGAUGAAUCAGAAAAGCAUGAAUGACUACUGGCUUGAUGAAACCAGCAGAACUCAUCUUCAGCACUCGACAAAUAAGAAUCAAUCCUUUAGUCACUAUGAUAUGAACUAAAUGAGUCUUAACAAUAAGACAUAUCAGCCGAGAUACAACCCACAAACUCAAGAAGAGAUUAAUAACAACCAGGCAAUCUAAAACAGAAUCAUUCAAAGAAGACUUACUUUUGAGCAGAUGAAUUAAAUCAAUCCACUUCAAAAAGCUCUUUAUUCACUUUCAAGUUCAAACUAGCCAGGUCUUUCUGAGCAAUAAAUUCUCCAGCAGUAGCAACAUUAAAGUAAGUAUGCCAGCACUUACCAGGAGAUGAUUGAAGCCCAAGAAAUUGAGAACAGAAAAAGAGAACGCUGGCUCAAAAUGGUCUAGGACGAAGAAAUUUUCAAUGUCUAACUCAGAAAACAGUUCGGAGCAAAUUUGAACAUAAUUGACGAAGACAAAAACAACAUGUUGAGGACUAGCCCACCAGCCAAUGCGUAUGAUCAGAACUUGCAAUAGUAGCAGUUUAUUGAUUCCUCUUACCAAGAAAAACUUCAAAACUUUGCAGAAAGUUACAAGAAAUUGAAUUUGGACUUUGACGACAUCUAAGAGGAUGACCUGGAAUCUGAUUAUGUGAUAAAUCAGUUAAGAAUUGAUGAGGAUCCAAAAGUAACUGAUCAUGAAUCGCAAAACGCAGUGAAUGAGAAAGAACCUCCAUAGCAUGCCAAUAUAAACAAGCAAGAGAUUCUAUACGAGAGCCACUCUUCCUAGGGAAUGAAGCCGAGUGCAAAUAAAAUCCAUUAAAACUUUAAAAGUGACACCAUAUAUUAACACUAGCAUCAUUAAGUAGGCUAAGACAGCGGGUCUGCCAUUAGAAAAGACAUGAGUAACCUGAACAACAACAGCAGUGGCAACUAUCAAGCAUAGAACCCACUAAUUCAACUUGAAAAGCCGAGAGACUCCUCCAAAUAGCAGCUAAUUAGAAAGUAAUUAGCUUUUGAUGAGUGA